AUGUCACCCUUCGGGUACGUUACAUCAGGCUCAUCGUACCCUCAGCAAUUUCAAGAAGGAGCCGGCUACGCGUUUCCUCAGGGAGUGUUCCCGCCGUACGGCCCUCAGGGCUUUCCAGCGCAGCCGGGGAUGUUUGUACCGCCUGUAGGGACAGCCACUCCAGGAGGCAUGUAUCCUGGAUAUCCUCCUGCUGCGUUCGGGCCGACGCAAGCGGCGCAGGCAGCAGGGGGUUUUCCGGGAGGUCCUUCUAUGAUGCCAUCCGCUCCGCAACCAGCUGGAGUUGCCGGCGUUGGUGCUGGUGCGCAACCUUUUGGGUUCCAGCAGAUGCAAGGAGGACAAUCCCAAGGUUUCCAGGGGACGGGCGAGCAGCAGCAGAUGGGAGGUGCCAGCCAGCUUGCAGGAGGCCCUGGGGCGCAACCAAAUCCAGGUGCACAGGAAGCGACCGGUGGAAUGCCAUCACAGCAGCAAUACGGAGAAAAGACGGGUGGGGGGCGAUCCGCGCACGCGGACUCGAGCAGGGUGCACGCGCAGGCGGCGUCCGCCGUGGAGCGGAUAAUGCGCGCGAACGAGACGAGGCGCGGCGGGUGCGCGGUGAAGGGGCUGACUCUCGCGGAGGGCAACGUGGCGAAGCGCGCCACGCACGCCGUGACGUGCGAGACGCUGCGUUACCUGCCAGUGAUCAAGGAUCUCAUUGCCGCCACUGGCCUCGCCAACAGCAACUGGAUGAAGGCCAAGCCCCACCUGGUGUAUGUGCUCGUGUACGAUUUGGUCGUGUCAGGCAAGGGUACACUGGGGUCGGGAGCGGUGCAGAAGGUAGUGCUGUCGCACAAGGCGGCUCUCAGAGCGGCGCUUGCUCGGCUGCUGGUGAAACAGCGAGCAGCAUCAGUAGAGGAACUGCUUGGUCCCUCCAGUGACCCGCCUGUUGCUGCACGUGAACCCCUGCUACGCGCGAGUGAACACCCUGCGCACCAACACACCCACUAUGCUCGUUUUCUGCUCACCACCCUCACCUUUCUCUUCCCCCCUAAUCUCACCACCGCAGACCCCCGCUAUGCGCGAGUCAACACCCUGCGCACCAACACCCAAGCAGUGCUGACACACUUUCAGACCAGCACUGCCCCAGGCAACGGCGGCAGCGGCGCGGGGGAUGAUGGCACUGGAAGCAGCAAAAGUGGGGGUGAUGAAAGUGGAGGUGGUAAAAGUGGGGAUGAUACAAGUGCGGUUGGUGCGUGCAGCAGUGCAGGGCGUGCGGCAGGGAGGGCGGAGGGAGAGGUGGCACUACAGCGGGACGAGCUGAUUCCAGACGUGCUUGUGUUUCCCGCGGGCACAGAGCUGCACCGGCACCCUCUGGUAGAGAAGGGCGAGCUCAUUCUUCAGGGUCGCGCAAGCUGCUUCCCUGCGUUCAUCCUCGCCCCUCGCCCCGGGUGGCAUGUGUUGGACGCAUGUGCAGCGCCGGGCAACAAGACAUCCCACGUGGCCGCACUCAUGGAGAACACAGGGCGGCUCGUUGCAUGCGAGAGGGACGCAAAGAGAGCAGCUCUUUUGAGGAAGAAUCUGGACAAAGCCGGGGUGACGUGUGCGCGAGUGCAUGAGGGGGAUUUUCUCGCCAUCGACCCCACCUCACCUGAAUUCGCCGAUGUGCGAGCAAUCCUGCUCGACCCCUCGUGCUCCGGAUCAGGCACCCGGCACUCCCGAGGGGACCUGCUUGUGCUACCUGAGUCGACUCAAAACGCGUGCUGCUACAUCCUUUCCUGUCCCCUCCUCCCCCUCUUCACAGUCCCAGCAGCACAGCGCAUCACCUACAGCACAUGCUCAGUCAAUGAGAGGGAGAACGAGGCAGUGGUGGCUGCGGUGCUUCCUGCUGCUCUCUCCCGUGGCUUUCGCCUCGCUGCUGCCUUGCCUGCCUGGCCCAGGAGAGGGCUGCCCUCCUACCCCUUUGGGCACCAAGUGGUGCGCACGGAUCCUGCCAUCGACGGCACAGAUGGGUUCUUUGUUGCGCUCUUCGAGCGCCAGGUGGCAGGUGCUGCUGACGUGGCAGGUGAUGCUGACAUGGAUUCAAGAAGCUGGGAAAGAGGCCACAGGGGGCACGAAAACACCUGCGGUUGCUUCAGCAGGUGGAGCACAUGUGUGAAAGACCCAUCGUUGGUUAACGGACACAUGUUGGUGGGUGAGGAGGGGUGCAGAACGGCAGCAGUGCAGGAGGCGCGGAGCUCUGGGAAGUAA